AUGGACAUCGGCGUCGAGACCCCGAGUCUGUCGCCUGAGCUGAUCUCACUCAUAUGCUCAUUCAUCGAUACGAGGAAAACGCUGUACAACAUCUCGGUCUGCUCAAAUACCUUCUACGAUGCCGCUGUGCCAUAUCUGUACUCCACGAUCGAUCUUAGGGCAAGCGAUGCAAAACCAGUUGGUCGACACACGGACUGGUUUGGCCUCAGAAAUCUGAUAUCUCUAUUCUUGUCCAAGCCGAAGUUAGCCCUCUACGUCCGCGGUAUCAGCAUUAGAGGUAUCAGCGACUUAUCCGACGGCUCCCGGUUAUCCAUGGCCGAGCCUCCCAUGGCAGUCCCACACCACGACGUGCCUUCCAACCUCGAUCCUUCGUGGGUACCCUACGUCUUAUCGGCUAAUGUGGAAUACCACGAGCUCGUAAGGCAGUGCAACAUCAACAUGAAAUCAGCUUUGCACAUGCUUGAGACUACUACGCCUUCUCGCAUACACGCUGAGCUGCGUGACAUCUCCUGCAUCUGCUUACCGGACUCUCAUCACAGUCCAAAGCAUUUCUUCGAGCACUCUUCGGUGAAGCGACUUUUUUUGAACAAUAUUCGAUCAGAUCUCAGUCAACGCUAUUGGCGCACCACGAGGACGAUGCUCCGAGAUCUGGAGUCAUCCAGCUCGAAUGUUGAGCAGAUCCAGCUCUUCGACUGUUGUUUCGACGAUGCCGAUGUGACUGAUAUCCUUCGAGUCCCUAGGGCUCUGACUAGUUUCACAUACGAGAUCGGCAAGAAUGACAGCCUAAGAGAGGCAGUCUCCGAUGCUUCCCGUCAAACCCUUCUCCAUGGUCUUGAGCGCCAUGUCACGACCCUUCGAAGCCUAUGCGUGGACAGCCAACAUGGGUGUGAUGAGGUCGAAGAGGUAGUGGCAAGAGUAACGCCAUUUUGGGGUUUACGACGAUUCGAGAAGCUUGCCCAUUUACGGAUGGCAGCAAUAUUUAUGAUGGGUCGUCAUCGAGCCGACAUGGACAUCCUCGCGAAUCUAUUACCAAGCAGUAUAGAGACACUGGAGAUCACGAAAUGCAGCGAGUAUUUCGGCAACUCUCCUGAUCAAAUCUUCUGGCCCAUCCAGGAGCUCUUGCGUAUGAAGGCAUCGUUUCCGCGGCUCUCGAGCAUCGCUGUCGGAGUGUCCCUAGACUUUUUAUUGGAAACGGUCGAGAUGGAGGAGGAAGGCAAGUGGUAUUCAUCGAUGUUUCGACGGGCCAAAGAAGUCGGUGUCACAAUCACUCUGCUCGUUGAAAGGGAGGGUUCCCAGUCCUUUGAGUUCAAAGAGGCCAUCAACAGGGACAUUGCAUGGGCUGAAAUUCGCGACGGAGGCAUUCCGAUGGAUUGGACAGACUCAUAUCAGAGAGUGAAUCGGAGAGUGACUAUGGAGUGUAUGGCCCCGAGCGGCUCUGAUUAA